AUGUGCUCAUCUCCCAUUUGGCUCUACAGGACUAUCCGAGUGGCAGUGAGACAGCCCGACGGAGCCCUUAUGACGACAGAGGGUAGAGAACAACAGCUUCUGUACAUCCAGCAGGAUGGUACAAUGGGCGGAACAGGCAACGUUGCGAUGUAUCUCAUGCAAGACGAAAUGAUCAACAUUCGAGAGGAAAUUAUUCGCUUCUCUACCCACCCCGCCUCGUCUGCCUCCUUUCCUCGCUCUCCUGGCGAGGUGGCCGUGCGGAUGGGUCCAUCAGGUCGGGCGGUCGGCGUAGCUACUCAGACCCUCAUCGCCGGCCACGGCUCGCCCAUGACUUGUAUAAUCGAAAUCGAUAUCGCUGAGAACGAUUUGAUCGUUAUUUUUCAACCAGACGAUCCAACUUUGGCCCCUGUGCUUUCUCAAGUAUUUACAAGACCACCCCUCGGAUGGGAUACAGAGGCUGCCCAGUUGAAUACCUAUUACACCAACGGCCCUUUCAGCAUGUCAGACCGAAACAAUACAGUCUGUGCAACUGGAGCGGAAAGUUACACAGGCUCCUGCUUUCCACAAUGGGGCAGCGGCCUUUCUGCUUUUCAAUCAGAAGCCGGCCGACAAAGUUGCGUUUCAUAUCAAUACCCAUCGCCAUAUGCAGAUAAUUCCAGUCCAGCAUCAGGAGCCACAACCAGACUAGGCUCAGAAGAUCACAGCAGCACACAAUUGGUCAAUAUGGACGAGGCUGGUACUCAACAUGAUGCUAUUGAUGAUCUUUGUAUUGUCGUUAAACUUCGGCCAUAAGCCAACGAGGAGGGAGAACUUGAUGUCGAUGACAAAAGGUGGAAAAAUACUUUAAUUGACGCAUUAGAUUUGAUGGUAAUUGUACAUAGGGUGAGCGACAGUAUUCAAUCAGGAACUGACAUUCGGCUGCUGGCCUCAUCCUGAAGGUUUCUUGCUUUUGUUUUCCCUCCGAGAAUAGGUUUCGUACCGGUACCAUUGAACUUCCGUAUGUGUUUAAUUUACGACCUUUUCUUCUUUUAAGGCGCAGCAGUUCUCGAGCGUCCUCAAACUCCUCGCGAAAUCAUUCAUCAUCCAGGAGUUGAUCGGCGGUGGGACGUUUACGAUGAUCCAGCUUGAUGAUCCAAGAAUGAAAUCCCUGUCGGCAGGCGGUAUCUCGCGACCUGUGACUUGAGGAAAGGGUUUUGCUGGG